AUGUUACAAAGUAGACCUCAAGGAAAUUUUCCAAGUAAUACUGAUGUGAAUCCUAAAGAGCAGUGCAAUGCAAUCUCCUUGAGGAGCGAUAAGGAAUUGGUGGAGCCAGUUGAGAAAUAUAGUCUUCCAUCAAAAAUGGAGUCUGAGAAUAAGAAUAAGGUGGAUGAAGAAGUUAAUGAGAGCCUUGAGAAGAAGCAUCCAGAAAUAAACGCUUUAGACCAAAUGUUGAGUUACAUGAAGUUCAUGAAUGAAAUCAUGUCGAAGAAAAGGAAAGUGGAGGAUUACGAGACAGUUGCACUUACUGAGGAGUGCAGUGCAUUAUUGCAAAAGAAACUACCUCCCAAGAUUAAAGAUCCGGGUAGUUUUACCAUUCCUUGUACUAUAGGGAAUGUGUUUUUUGAGAAGGAAUUAUGUGACUUAGGGGCAAGUGUGAAUCUGAUGCCUCUAUCUAUCUAUAGAAAAUUGAAAUUGGGAGAAGCUCACCUUACUACCGUGUCCCUACAAAUGGCGGAUCGUUCAGUGAAGCACCCAAGAGGUAUUAUUGAGGAUGUAUUGGUGAAAGUGGACAAGUUCAUCUUUCCUGCAGACUUAAUUAUUCUUGAUAUGGAGGAAGAUGAAAAUAUUAUGAUUAUUCUUGGGAGACCAUUUUUAGCUACUGGAAGGGCGUUAAUUGAUGUACAAAAUGGGGAAUUGAAGUUGAAGUUCGAGCAGGAAAAGUGA